GGUAAUGGAAGCUUAGACGUAACCCCCCACUAGACCCGAUCUAGAAAAGGCAGCAAAAUCGGGUGGGACACUUCACCGCCCCCCCACUGGCAAAAAAAGUUGCAAGAUGUGAAAACUUCAAAAAUUCUCCAUCCACAAUUGCCCCUCGUCUUUGCCCGUUGAAGUUCACUCCCAGAUCGCAUUUUCCCGGAGUCCCAAGAUAAAAACAACUUCAUCAACAUGGCGGAAGAAGUCUACGAUGGUGCCAUUGGCAUCGAUUUGGGCACGACCUACUCCUGCGUGGCCACCUACGAGGGAAACAAUGUCGAGAUCAUUGCCAACGAGCAGGGUAGCUUCACCACCCCUUCUUACGUCUCCUUCAAUGAGAAGGAGCGUUUGAUCGGUGAGGCGGCCAAGAACCAGGCUGCCAUGAACCCCCGCAACACCGUCUUCGAUGUCAAGCGCCUGAUCGGUCGUCCCUUCGACGAUCCCAUCGUCAAGAAGGAUAUCGAGUCGUGGCCGUUCAAGGUCGUCGACCAGGGUACCAACCCUAUGGUCCAAGUUGAGUACUUGGGCGAGACCAAGACUUUCUCGCCCCAGGAAAUCUCCGCCAUGGUCCUCACCAAGAUGAAGGAGAUUGCCGAGGUCAAGCUCGGUAAGAAGGUUGAGAAGGCUGUCAUUACCGUGCCCGCCUACUUCAACGACAACCAGCGUCAGGCCACUAAGGAUGCUGGUGCCAUUUCCGGCCUCAACGUCCUGCGUAUCAUCAACGAGCCUACUGCUGCCGCCAUCGCCUACGGUCUUGGCUCCGGCAAGUCCAACAAGGAGCGCAACGUCCUGAUCUACGAUCUUGGUGGUGGUACUUUCGAUGUGUCCCUCCUCAACAUCCAGGGUGGCGUUUUCACUGUUAAGGCUACUGCCGGUGACACCCAUCUUGGUGGCCAGGAUUUCGACACCAACCUGCUCGAGCACUGCAAGAAGGAGUUCCAGCGCAAGACCAAGAAGGAUAUCUCCGCUGACCCGCGAGCUCUCCGAAGACUCCGAACUGCAUGCGAGCGUGCUAAGCGAACCCUGUCUAGCGGUGCUCAGACCACCAUCGAGAUCGACUCUCUCUUCGAUGGCGAGGAUCUCUUCCUCCAGAUCACCCGUGCCCGUUUCGAGGACCUUAACUCCAAGGCCUUCAACGGAACUUUGGACCCGGUUGCCCAGGUUCUGAAGGAUGCCAACGUCGGCAAGUCCGCUGUUGACGAGAUCGUUCUCGUUGGUGGCUCCACCCGUAUCCCCAAGAUCCAGAAGCUCCUCAGCGACUUCUUCGAUGGCAAGAAGCUCGAGAAGAGCAUCAACCCCGACGAGGCCGUCGCGUACGGUGCGGCCGUCCAGGCUGGUAUCCUCUCCGGAAAGGCCACUUCGGCUGAUACCGCCGACCUCCUCCUCUUGGACGUCGUUCCUCUCUCCCUCGGUGUUGCCAUGGAGGGUAACAUCUUCGCUCCCGUUGUUGGUCGUGGUCAGACGGUCCCGACCAUCAAGAAGCGCACCUUCACCACUGUUGCCGACAACCAGCAGACCGUCCAGUUCCCCGUAUUCCAGGGCGAGCGUGUCAAUUGCGAGGACAACACCUCCCUCGGAGAAUUCACCCUUGCUCCUAUCCCGCCCAUGCGUGCCGGUGAGCCCGUGCUCGAGGUCGUCUUCGAGGUCGAUGUCAACGGUAUCCUCAAGGUCACUGCUACUGAGAAGACCUCCGGUCGCAGUGCCAACAUCACCAUUGCCAACUCAGUUGGUAAGCUGUCUUCCACUGAGAUUGAGACUAUGAUCAACGACGCCGAGAAGUUCAAGAAUAGCGACGAGGCUUUCAGCAAGCGAUUCGAGGCUAAGCAGCAACUCGAGUCCUACAUCAGCCGUGUUGAGGAGAUCGUCUCCGACCCAACGAUGUCGCUGAAGUUGAAGCGCGGGCAGAAGGAGAAGAUCGAGCAGUCUUUGAGCGACGCCAUGAGCCAGCUCGAGGUUGAGGACUCGUCUGCCGAUGACUUGAAGAAGAAGGAGUUGGCCUUGAAGAGACUUGUGACCAAGGCCAUGUCCUCGCGAUAAGCUUCUCGCCAUUAGUCCCCCAAGUUCCAAACAUGGAAACAUUUAGUUGGGCAUGCGCCGGAUCUCAGAGGAUGGUCUGGCAAUGAUUUAUGCCCCUCUUCACGAACGAUAGACAUUGGCAUCUCCCAGGCAAAUAUGGUCU